AUGGCUACCCCACCGGAACACGCAAGUUCUACUUCGCGUUACAGGGACAAUGUCAAUGUGGUCGACAACAACAGCAUAGAACUUAGCAACUCAGAGAUACCGCAUUUCAACAUACCUCCGGCUGCACCUCCACUUACCUUCAGCACAACGGACGACAGCGUCCCUAAUGCAUCAAUAAGCGUGCAGCAACCCCACUCCAAUCGGAGGUCGUCAGACGACUCCUCGAAUUCCCAGUCAGGCGGCGGACCGCGAAGAGGAUCUUUCCCUGAUAUCCUACCCCAUGGUCAUACUAUACCUCCUCUCAUCGACGCAAGAGUGACAGCCUUGAGCGGAGGAGCAUCUGGUGCACAAAUCAGUGGGCCACCGGUAUACAAGCUCGAUAAGGACGACUUGCAAACCGAUAGCGACCCGGAUUUUCGUUAUUCGACAGGCUUCUCAAGUAUGGCACCUACCAGCGCCUCCAAUCUCUCGGAACAAAACCAAAACGAUGAUUCCACCAUUACCGUUGCAAGCCAGAGGCCUAUCCCUGCCAAUCAGUCAAAUUCCUCCAGCACUCCAGAAACUGCUUCCAAACCCUCGUCGUCUCGAAGAAACAAAGAAUACCUCCUCUCAGACGGGUCGGUGGUGUCAGGCAAAGGACUAGGAAGAGGGAGGCCGGGCGUUAAACGCGGACCUAGAAACCUAAAGUAUCAAAUGGCCGAAGAUGGUUCCCAACAGACUGCUAUGGAUACCUCCGAUGACAUCGUCAAGCCUCCGAGCAAGAAGCGCAAGAGUGGUGAUUCAGACAUCAUCAAGACGCGGUCGUCAACUUCCCGAUCUGCUACCGCCGAGUCUCGGGGUUCAUCAGAAGAAUACAACCCCACUGGACAGACAAGGUCGGGGCGACAGACACAAAAGCCCCUUUUGCCCUUGACAAACACCAACACUGCCAGCGCCAGUCCGAGCAAAGCAUCGCGAGCAGGAUCGAACCAUAAUUCCACGCCGUCCUCUACCGUCAGAACGCACCCCAAGAUCAAAAGGCGAACUUACCGUGGCCGAGAGCAAUUUGCCCUCUGCGAGCAUUGCUUACGUGGGCACGGCCCGCCAGGGAACGUCAUUGUAUUCUGUGAUGCGUGCAACAAAUGCUGGCAUCAACGUUGUCAUGAUCCUCAAAUAUCGAAACAGACGGUAUCAGAUACAAAAGCCGACUGGUUCUGUGCUGACUGUGACCGGAUUCUGCAUGGGAAGAAAGCGAAGAAACCUAACAAGUCGGAAGCAGCUCCGCCAGCGGCUGUUGCCCCUGUCGCACCGGUCUACGCAGGCCCACGUGUUGGUGGUCGAUUCAUGUCUCCAAGUCAGAAGUUGGCCUACUUGAACACUCUAUCCAAAGAAAAUAUGGUGUCUCUCCUUAUGCAAGCAUCAGAUCUUGCCCCGGACCUUCCCCUAUUCCAGACACUGGUGGCACCGUCCCAGCCACCAAAACUUUCACCGGCCCAGUUUACUUCCACAUAUGUCACGCCUGUCACGCACCCGCCCUCUUUUCUUGAGGCAGAUACCAGUGAGGCAGUUGAUGAAGGCUACGACGGGCAUUAUGACGAGCAUGCGGCUUUGUACCCCAAGCCUGGGCAAGGAGUACAGCUGCCACCGGAGAGAGAAGACUUGCACAUGCUGUUAGAAGGCAAAACCAGCAGGACUUUUAGUCAUUGGGUUCGCGGAAUGCCAGGAAAGGAAUAUAGUGGGAGUGGAAAUAUCCCAACCCGUCGCUGA